GACUCUCCUCUUAAUCUUGGUCUAGGGUCUCCACCGAGUGAUAGGUCUUCUCUGCGCUUCUGUGCAUCUCAGUCUCUUCGAGAGUUCUCAACCAUGGCGGAACAGACGGAGAAGGCAUUUCUGAAGCAGCCGAAGGUGUUCUUAUGCUCGAAGAAAUCUGGGAAGGGCAAGAGGCCUGGAAAGGGCGGUAACCGAUACUGGAAGAACAUUGGGUUGGGGUUUAAGACACCUCGAGAUGCGAUUGAAGGAACAUAUAUCGAUAAGAAAUGCCCAUUCACUGGGAAUGUUUCAAUCAGGGGCCGUAUUCUAUCAGGCACCUGCCACAGUGCUAAGAUGGUGAGGACUAUUAUUGUCCGUCGAGACUACCUUCAUUAUGUCAAGAAAUAUCAGAGAUAUGAAAAGAGGCAUUCAAACAUUCCAGCACACAUAUCUCCAUGUUUCCGUGUGAAAGAAGGAGACCAUGUUACAGUCGGCCAGUGCAGGCCACUGUCAAAGACGGUGAGGUUUAAUGUGUUGAAAGUGAUUCCUGCUGGAUCAUCUGGUGGAGUUGGGAAGAAGGCUUUUACAGGAAUGUGAUCUUGAGGUUUUCCAUUUCUCUCGUUGCGUUUGAUGUCGUUGAUUUAUGGCUUUUUACAUUCUAUUGUAGGCUAAGGAGUUUUGCCAUUUUGGAAGGCAUUAAAGUUAUUAUUGAUAUAUCAACUUAUUUGUUUUGUUGAAAUUAAUUUCUUUGAGAUAA